CCCGUAUCAUCUCCUUCCUCUUCCCCCGUAUCCUCUCAUUCCUCUGCCCCCGUAUCCUCUCCUUCCUCUGCCUCUGUGUCCUCUCCUUCCUCUGUCGUGUCCUCUCCUUCCUCUGUCCCCGUAUCCUCUCCUUCCUCUGCCCCCUCCUGGGACACUUUGGGAGUUCUUAGUAAGGGAUCACGGCUAAAAGCCGGGCACAUACACUUAUGCAAAUGGUUAUAA